CUUCAAUGGCUGCCAACUCUAAUAUUGAUGUAGCUGUGGUCAUGGUGCCCUUUCCUGAAUAUGGACACCAAUCUCCAUUUCUCCACCUUUCCCGUCUUAUCUCUUCCUAUAAUAUACCAGUUCACUAUGUCAGCAUUGGUGCACGAAAUCAUGAACUAAAGCUUCGACAACAAAACGACCAAUUGCCCAACAUACAAUUCCACGACCUUAUAAUACCUGAAAAAAAUAGUUGUGCAAAUGAGGAAGAUUAUUUGUCCUACUUUGAAUCCUUGAACCUACUUGGUGGGCCCAUCUGCGAAAUUUGUCGUGCACUUUUAAUUAGCAGUAGUUGUAGAAGAGUGGUGGUCAUCCAUGACUCCAUAAUGCUAUCAGUUGUUGAAGGCAUGAUUUCAAUAGCUAAUGUGGAGACAUACAUUUUCCACGUCAUCUCGGCUUUCACUGUUUGUUCAUUGUUCAAGCAAGUUAGUAACGAUGAUGACGACGAUGACGAGUUGUUCUUACCUUUGCAAUCCCACAUGCCGUCCAUGGAGAGCUGCUACAAGAAGGAGAUGUCGGAAUUUGUAAAAAUGCUACGUCAUUGGACCUUUAAAUCUGGAGAUAUCUUCAAUACAUGCAGAGAUAUAGAAGGUAUCUAUCUCGACGCACUCGCUAAACGAAGCGACAAGCCAAUCUGGGGUCUUGGUCCAUCAAUUAAUCAUGUCAAUAUUGUCUACAACCACAACCACACCCACGACGAUGAUUCUUCCUCGCCUGAUAAAAUAUUAAGCCACAAAUGCAUUGAGUGGCUUGAUAAACAACCCAAAAACUCCGUCAUCUACGUUUCAUUCGGAACAGUAACCACCUUCUCACCUGAACAAAUCAACGAGCUUGCCCUUGGUCUUGAACGGUCCGAGCAGAAUUUCGUUUGGGUUCUAAGAGAAAAAGAUAAAAAAGGGAAUGACAUGACAAAAGACAUUUCGAAAAUGGAGCUGCCAGAAGGGUUUGAAGAAAGAGUAGCAAAAAGAGGAAUAAUCGCGAGAGAAUGGGUCCCACAAUUAGAAAUUCUAGCACACCCUUCCACAGGUGGUUACUUGUUUCAUUCAGGAUGGAAUUCUUUCUUGGAGAGCGUUACCAUGGGAGUGCCUAUGGCAACUUGGCCUAUCCAUUCAGAUAAUCCCUUUAAUGAUGUGCUUAUAACAAAGGUUUUGAAAGUUGGUCUAGUUGUGAAGGAGUGGGCACACAAAGAUGAAUUGGUGAGUUCAAAUACAAUUGAAAAUGCUGUGAGAAUUUUGAUGAAUUCCCCUGACGGGGAAGAGAUGAGGCAAAGGGUGGUCGAGUUGAGCCAAGCUAUCAAGAUUUCCAUGAAAGAUGGUGGUGCCUCGAAGAAGGAAACGGAAUCUUUCAUCGUUCACAUCACCAGAUAAUUAAGUACUGAUCAUGUUUUAAAGGACGUCGUUAUCAUGAUGAAUUUAUUAGUCCGGGAUGCAGGAGAAUCUCUUUGUUGAAUCAUUUUGAAUAACUGUUUUUAUUACAUUAAUUAUGAUGGUGUUUUUGGUGAAGGAAUCUGUGGAUGUUGGGUGUAUGUUGUAGUCGUAUGUCAAGUAUGUGUGUAUGUUACUGGUUAUGGAGUAAUUAAUGUAUGUCUAAUGUAUG